GGAACUUGGAAAAGGCCAACUGAGUGCAUGCAAUGUGUAUUAUUAGUAGCGUUUACUUCGUGCUCUGUUUUGUCAAUGCCUAACUAUUGUUGAUUUUCUCUUCCCUGAAAUACCCAACGCUCGCAGCUCUUUCGGCGACCUCCCUCGUUGUAGGUCUCACAACGCUAUUUACUCGUGCUCUGCGCAAUUUUGUGCUCUACAGAUACCACCCUUUCUUGUUGCCUGUUUCAGUUUCGCCAUGCGGUUCACCUACUACCACGUCUUCCAAGCUGCAAGGAAGGGGUCAAUGUUCUUAAUUCCACACAUCAUAAGAGGCUUCUCAAUUGCCCGUAGCAACGAAACUAGCAUCUCAAUCUAUGUGGUGCAAGUCAUCCUCCUCCUGGUCGCCCCGGCGCUUUCUGCUGCAAACAUAUACAUGUCCCUGGGUCGAUUGAUUCUGUUGACACAAGGCGAGAGCAUGGCUCCGAUCCGGGCAAAGUGGUUGACUAAAAUAUUCAUGUACGGAGAUGUUCUGUCGUUUUUGGUGCAGUCUGCAAGUAGCUCCAUGGCGUCGAAAGCUAGCAGCGUCAGCGAUGGGAGUCUUCUCAUCAAGUGGUCGGUCUCUUCUUGCAGACCAUCUUCUUUGGCAUCUUCAUUGUUACCAGCAGAAGCACAUGCUCACCUUGUAUCUCACUGGCAUUUUGAUCUUAAUUCAAUCCGUAUUUCGGGUGGUCCACUUCACACGGGAAUGAUGGACCAUUGAUAUCGAGCGAGGUGUAUCUGUAUGUCUUUGAUGCCGUGUUGAUGUUUGAGGCUCUCGUCAGCCUGAAUAUCAUACACCCAGUAGAUACUAUC